AUGCUCAUCCCUUGGCGCAUGCGCGUCCGACGCCCUGCGCCGGUUAAUCCCUCAUCGUCCCUAUCUCGCAAUCAUCAUGAUCAUCAUCGCGCUGGAUACGAGGACACCGAAGGCGGCGAGAGCGAAGAAGACGAAGCGAGCGAGGAGGAACCCUCGGAUGAUGACGGAUUAGAAGGCGAGGAAGAGAAUGAGGAGGAAGAAGAGGAACCCGUCGCGGAGAAAGGCCCUGCGACGAAGAAACGCAAGACUGCGCCCGCUCCCGCUGAGGACGAAGAAGCCGCCGCAAAGGAAAAUGGCGAUGCCGAGAACGGCGUCAACGGCGAAGACGACGAGGAAGAAGCCGACGACGACGCUGAAGAGGCGCCCGAGGAGACGGCCAAGACCAGCGCACCUGCUGCCGAGGCAGCCAAGGCAAAGGCUGAUCAGGUUCCCAAGGAGCCGGAUGUUGAGGCUGUGGCUGAAGAGAAGGCAUAG